AUGUCCGGUUGGUCUGGAAGAAUCCCAAAAGGGUUAGCGUCGGCCUUACUAGAACAGCAACGUCCAAAUGGACUUGAUGUUGCUGCGGACCGAGAGCUAAAGACGGAUACUGCCGGGCGGCGGGCGCCAAGAGCGAAAAAGCGCACCACAACGAGCGAGCCUCGCGAUCUCAAGUUCCAGCGGCCGACGACAGAAAAGCGACAAAUCUUCUCACCCGACAUCGAGGACCACCCGCUCGGCAACCACAUCAAGAUGGUCCGUUACGCUGCUCAGGACAUUCCGGCCGCUAAGAGCGCCCGCGCCCGGGGCUCUUACCUGCGUGUCAGCUUCAAGAACACCCGCGAGACCGCCCAGGCCAUCAACGGCAUGAAGCUCCAGCGCGCCCUUACCUUCCUCACCAACGUCACCGAGAAGGCUGAGGCCGUCCCCAUGCGUCGGUACGCUGGCAGCACCGGUCGCUGCGCUCAGGGCAAGCAGUGGGGUGUCAGCAAGGCCCGCUGGCCCGUCAAGUCCGCCGAGUUCCUGCUCGACCUCCUGAAGAACGCUGAGGCCAAUGCCGACACCAAGGGUCUCGACACCGGCAACCUCGUUGUCAAGCACAUCCAGGUCAACCAGGCUCCCAAGGGCCGCAGACGCACCUACCGUGCCCACGGUCGUAUCAACCCUUACAUGACCAACCCCUGCCACAUCGAGCUCAUCCUUACCGAGGGUGAGGAGGUCGUCCAGAAGGGUCCCGUCGUCGAGGCGGCCCGCCUCAGCUCCCGCCAGCGUGGUGCCCAGCUCCGCCGUGCCCUCAUCGAGGCAUAA